AUGAAUGCUGACGGCGCGUUUAGUGAAUUAUACUUGGCUUGUGAAAGUGGUGAUAAUGAGCAAGUGAAGAAUAUUUGCUCUCAGGCUGAUGCUGACUUUGUUUCAUUAAAUAAAAUUGAGUCCAAUGGUAAUACUGCAUUGCACAUUGCAUCUUCGUUGGGACGUAAAGAAAUUGUUCGCUUUCUUCUAACAGACGUUGGAGUGAUCCGUUAUCGGUUAAAUACUGAAGGACUGACGGCUUAUCAAGUGGCUAAAGAUGACGAAGUUCGUCAGUUGUUUCGCCGAUUAUUACCUGAUCAAAUGGAUCGAUACUGUCAGUCUGUUCAAGACGUAGAUGAUGUUCAGAUUACUCAGUACAGUCCCGAAGAUAAUGAUGGUAGUCUGAAUAUUGAUAACGAUGAAAAUAAUGAGGUCAGCAAUGAUACAUCCAUCUGUGAUAAAUAUAUCGAUGGAUAUACGUCGCCGUUCGAUAUUCUCGGAACUCAGACACAUACGGCUCUUAUGAUAAAAUAUCUGCCCAAAACACGACUUCGACUAAUCGCUAUGCGCUUUGAAAACUUAAUUGGUCGUUUUCAAGGCGAAAGUCCGACUAAACACUCGACUGAUGCCAUUCUUCGACAAGAGUUCCAAACCGUCAUCGAUCAGUAUGUUAAGCCUCAACAUUCUCAAUAUAAAAAGGCUUGUUAUUUAUUGGACGCCUACUUCUCAGUUAAACAAAUCGAUCCACUUAUUCGCCUAUAUACUCUAUCAACACCAUUUUAUAGUAAGACAGAGAAAAAACAGAAUCCAUUGGGAUUUGCCAUGUUAUGUCACUUGAAAUCACUGGAAGCGCGCUAUUUUCAAGGCGUGGUUUAUCGAGGAGUGGUGGCAACACAGAAAUGUUUCCAGGCAUAUAAAUGGGCUCUGAAACAAAAGUCCUGCUGUCUCACAAAUAAAACGUUCUGGUCCACCUCAGCUGAUCCAAACGUCGCUCGUAUGUAUAUGAAUAAUCAAACAAAUACUGAUCAGUUGAAUAUUCUUUUCAUUAUUCAGUUUUGUCAACGAACGGAAAUGGCAAUUCGUCUUUCAGCUAUCCCCGAAUCUGGCCUUACUUGCUUGUCUGAAUUUGAAGACGAAGAAGAAGUUUUAGUCUUGCCGGAAGCCAUAUUUCGCGUUGUUGCGAUAGAGAAAGAUGGUUUCACUUUACGCGCCUACACAAUUCGUCUUGAAAAUAUACUCAUCCCAGUUUUUUCGCGUCGACGUCUCUUCAAAGAUGUUGUACGCGAAGGAUCUAAGCAACUUCGAGAAAAGUAUCGAAAAUAUCGCAACAAAAACUGA